AUGGAAGUGAUUGAAAAAGGUGAUGGAGGUGUGUUUUUUGUAUAUGGUUAUGGUGGAACUGGAAAGACGUUUCUUUGGAAGACAUUCUCAGCUGCAUUACGAUCAAAAGGUGAAGUUGUAUUGAAUGUUGCAUCCACUGGAAUUGCUUCACUUUUGCUGGAUGGUGGUAGAACUGCUCAUUCAAGGUUUGUAAUUCCAAUCAACAUUAAUGAGAAUUCAAUCUGUUUGAUAGAGCCUAAUACUGAGUUAGGUGAUUUAAUUAAAAGAGCAACACUGAUUAUUUGGGAUGAAGCACCUAUGACUCACAAGCAUUGUUUCGAGGCUCUUGAUAGAACAAUGAGAGACAUAUCACGUUCCAGUCAACCGAACAUGCAAUCCAAGCCGUUUGGGGGAAAGGUCAUUCUAUUUGGUGGUGAUUUUAGAGAAAUUCUUUCGGUCAUCCCUAAAGGUACCAGAACAAUGAUAGUCAAUGCUUCUUUGAAUUCUUCUUAUAUAUGGCGGCACUGUCAAGUGCUAAAGCUAACUGAGAAUAUGAGAUUAAGAGUUGGUUGUCAGGAAGCAAAUUUGAAAGAAAUUAAGUAA